AAGGGAUCUCGCAAAGAUUGCGCAAACCACCGUGGAAUAAGUUUGAUCCCAAUCGUCACCAAGUUACUAGCCUCCACUAUAUUUCGACGUCUGACACCGUUUAGGGAGACAAACAUCCGCGAACAACAAGCAGAAUUUCGACCAGGUCGCGGUUGUAUCGAUCAAAUCUUUACCGUACGCAAUACGCACUGUCGACCAACGGUUGUCGUGUUCCUUGACCUAAAAGCAGCCUUCGAAUCAGUAUGUGACUAUACAUCAUCUGUGCUGGUCGUUGUUCGAAAUAAUAAUAUGGAAGUCGAACUACUGGAAAAUGCUGGGGAUCCAGUCAAACUAAAAGAAAUUGUUCACACAAAACGAGUUUCUGAGAUUGUUGAGCUGACAGCUAACGUUUUUCAGCAAGAGAAUCCGGAGUCUGAUAUAAACUUGUUAGAAGCUCUUACAUACGGUGUUCGCGAACAUGAAGAACUACUGGAAAUUUGUGAAUACACGAUCGAUUGUCUUUGGUCCAUCAACUUAUCCGGUGAUUACAGGAAUGCCGUUUCAUUUUUUCUGGGUGGCUGCAUUGAAUACUUGGAAGAUUGGAAAAUCGAACGCCUAUGCUUUCGAAUCAUUCAGCGACUAAAAGAAGAAUCUUUGGAAAAGCAUUGCAUAUUCGAAUUGUUUGGGAAAGCCUUGAUGCGCUUGGAAAAGUCUUCUGUUAUUCUCACCCCAUUGACGCAACCGCUUUGUGCCGCCGAAUGGAAUAGCGAAAAUGCUGUUGCUAUCCUCGAGGCAUUAAAGGACUAUCCAUUUUCCCUUACUUCUCGAGAAGCUAUUUUGUUGAAAACAUUGAGAAUUCUGGACACAGCUGAUAAAACCAUGCAUUUGGUGGUGCAACAUAUUUGCUCAUAUUUGGUUACCGAACGAAGGACACAACACGCAUUAGUUCAUGAAAACAUGGUUAACCAUAUCUACGAUUUGUGCAACGAAAGUGAGCAAUUCGGCUCUAGUAUGUUGCAUGCGUUAAAGAAUCUCCCACCGGAGCUUAAACUGGCUGAAAGUGUUUUAGCGAUUUCACUGGUUGUUAUCCCUAUCGAAACAAUGCGUAAUUCGGUUUUACGAUCCACGUGUGUUUCCAUUCGCGAUGCAGUUUCCGAUAAUUUACUGGUUUCGGCCUCAUCCUUUCUCCGUGGCGUGUGCAACCUGAGACAAGAUCCGGCGUUCUCGCUCCUUCAUUUGUGUCAACAAUGUGUAGACACACGUCACCGUCACAUGGCACGCGGUCUCAUCCUGUUGGGGUUUGGUCUUAUGCGGAUGGGUAUCGGUUUAUCCGCUUCGCACGGAUCUUCUGGGAUCCGGGCAUCUCGUGCCAAAGCAGUACAGCGUGCAACUAAGCCAAAUGUCUCUCCAUUCACAUCAAUAAAUUCUACAGGGCCGCGCUUGGUUCGUUUGGGCGAUCUUCUAGCCGAUUUGGUUGCUCUCUGUCCGAUGGAAGUGGCCUGUCGGGCGGCACGUUUUGAUUCCAUUCUCGAUUCUAUUGGCCUUCUCCCGCAAGAACUUGCAAUCGGUCUUGUGCACGCUUUUCUCCCGUUGAUUCGUGCUGGUAGUCUUUUGACUGAACGCCAGACGACUGACGUAGCUGUCCCCAUGUUGAAUGUUGAGCCUACUGGAACCGCGGAUCAUCCAAUUAGUCGAGUUCGUAGUCGUCUUUUUACGACAUUGCGUAAGGCCGCUUCCUCACCGCGUGUACAAAGCAGACGCAAUGCAGUUGCUUGUUUUCUGCUCUUAUUGAAGCAUCUAAAGGUUUCGGUUUCUGCUUUUCGAUCGGCCUCGCAAAAUUCCUCAGGAUCCCUAUCUCAGUUCAGUAUGAUGACUCAAACUCAAGCCACGCAGAACAAUCCAGGUCUUCUGUUCACUCAGCUUCAAUCGACUCAGAUUGCUCGUCAAGCGGUGACCCUUCCGUGUGAUGUCGCCCAGAACGAAGCGUUUUGCACGGAAAUUGUCAGUGUUUUGCACCGAAUCAUUUUCUCCGCGUUCUUUCGAUCCCAGACGGGCAGUAUGCUUGAAGAUCCCGAGAACAGAGUGAAAUCCGAAAUCUGUUGGGGACUUUGUGAAGUAGUCACUAGGAAUCGGGGUUUGGUAGAGCCGGUGAUUACGUUAUACGUCCGGUUGUUGGCCGGUUGCUUAUCUCCCGGUUUUCUGCGAAACAUAAAACAAACUAACGGCCUGGCUUCACUCACAGUACCCACGGUUUUGGAACCGGGCACCUCACAAGCUCCUCCGUACGGGACGAGCGCCGUGCUUCCACUGUCUUUGGAUCGUGUGGUGCAAAUCACCGCCGAGACCGGCGAAAUUCACCGCACAGAACAUCCGGUGAGUAAAUCGGAAUGGUCUGUCCAUACUACUCAUAAACGGUCUGUUGUGAAUUACCUCUACCCGAAUCACAAUCCAACGCAAACAUGUUUUCGCUCCAUUGAACGUUUUCCAUCAUCACUGACUAACGGGAUUGUAACGCCUAUAUAA